AUGGUCAGACCUCCUUGUUGUGACAAGCUGAAUGUCAAAAAAGGCCUCUGGACUGAAGAGGAAGAUGCAAAGAUACUUGCCUACGUAUCAAAACAUGGAACUGGUAACUGGACUGCUGUUCCAAAAAAAGCAGGGCUUCGAAGAUGUGGGAAGAGUUGCAGACUUAGGUGGACUAACUACUUGAGACCUGAUCUUAAACGUGAGAGCUUCACCCCCCGGGAAGAGGAGUUGAUCAUUCGGCUUCAUGCAGCUAUUGGAAGCAGGUGGUCUAUCAUAGCCCAACAACUUCCUGGGAGAACAGACAAUGAUGUCAAAAAUUACUGGAAUACUAAGCUGAGAAAGAAGCUUUCUGAAAUGGGGAUAGAUCCAGUUACCCACAAGCCGUUUUCUCAAAUCCUAGCUGAUUAUGGAAACAUUGGUGGCCUCCCAAAAUCUAGAACCCGAGUCGGAUCUCUCAAUAGAGACAUGAAGAAUGCAUUUUUGUUCAAGGCUGAGCCAUAUCCAUCCCCAGCACCAGCAGCAGCAGCAGAAGGAUUGAUGACCACAAUUGCAUCAUCGGGGAUGGAACCAAUCCAGGACAACUUCUUUCCCAACAACAGCAUUAACCAUCAUGCUGACAGUGAUUCUUCGCUGGAUCUUCUUUCUCAGCUGCAAGCUAUAAAAGCACUAGUGACAGAAGCAUCAAACUACACUGGUCACCAGACCAUCUCACCUGAUCAGUUCCCUAAUGAAUACUCAUUAUCGUCAUCCCCCUCAUCUUCUACUUGUUCUACUUGUUCGACCGCAGCACCAAAAUCAGCUCUAGCCUUCAGUUGGCGUGAUUUUCUUCUUGAAGAUGCAUUUUUACCACCUGAUCAUCCACAAGGACAAGAAGAUCACGUCCUGGAAUUAUCGUCCAGAGACUUUGCUGGCCACCAAACUCCAAACGUAGUACCACAAAGUCACAGCAACAAUGAGAUUAGUGCUGAACAUAUAGUGGAUACUAAUAAUAUUAACAAUAACCACAAUGGAGUCAAAGGCAUGGAUAGUGGGGUGCCAAGCUACGGUUUCCAUGCUUCAUCAUCCACUGAUGAUAGUUCAUUUAUUGCAGCCAUGCUAGAUCAAGAAAAUGAGAUGUUCUCAGAAUUCGCAAAUCUUUUGGAAGAUCCAUGUUAUUAA